AAUCAAAUCUCUCAUAAUUUACAGUGAGGCUCAGUGUUGCCAAAAUUUCAAUAAACGUGGGCGGUGAUAAAUUUGUAUUCGUAGAUCUGCUUAUUAGGAUUCAAGAAUAAUAUUACAGGUUCAUUAUGUCCCACCAAACAGGGAUUAGAGCAAAUGAGGAGCUCAAAAAAUUCUUUGGCAAAUGCAGAGAUGGAAAAAUCAGGCUAAUCAAAAUUUCUAUUGAAAACGAACAACUAACACUAUCAGACCACAAAGAUGUGAAGCACAGCUGGGAAAAAGACUAUGACAAGCUGUUAGUACCGUUGGUUGAGGAAAAUGUCCCAUGUUACAUCCUCUACAGGCUUGAUACUAAAAAUGCACAGGGUUAUGAAUGGUUGUUUAUUAGUUGGGUACCAGACACUGCAAGUGUGCGCCAAAAAAUGUUGUAUGCUUCCACGAAAGCCACACUCAAACUCGAAUUUGGAUCCUCCCAAAUCAAGGAGGAAUUACAUGGAACAGUUGUGAGUGAUGUGACUUUAAAUGGUUACAAUAAGUAUAAAACUGCCUCAGCAGCCCCAGCACCUUUGUCAAUGAGGGAGGAGGAGUUGAAUGAAAUUAAAAAGACUGAGGUCAAUACUAAUUACAGUGUGGAUAGUAAACAACAAACUAUAGGUGGUGUUGCUUUUCCUAUUUCUGAAGCUGCCCAACAAGCCAUAAAAGACAUGGCCAGAGGAUCAUAUGAUUAUGUUCAGUUUAGAAUUGAUAUUGAAGAGGAAAAAAUUCAUUUGGUUUCUGCUGAGAAUAUAUCAUUAGACAAAUUGCCCAGUAAAGUUCCUACAGACAGUGGCAGGUACCACUUGUAUAAAUUCAAACACACCCAUGAAGGUGAUUAUAUGGAGAACAUUGUGUUUAUUUAUUCUAUGCCUGGAUAUAGUUGCCCAAUCAAAGAGAGAAUGUUGUACUCUAGUUGUAAAAACCCAUUGACUGACACCAUCCAAAACUUGGGGAUAGAAAUAGUGAAAAAGUUGGAGAUUGAUUCUGGAUCAGAACUGACAGAACAGUUUCUGUAUGAUGAAAUCCACCCAACAAACAGUUUACACCGCCCGAAAUUUGCCAAACCAAAAGGUCCGCCAAACAGGGGACCGAAACGAAUGACAAGGCCUCAAGCAGGAGGCGAAUUGUAAAUUCGGCCAAUUGAAAAUUUGUUACUUGCUUUAAUAAGGUUGUUUUGUAUUCAAAUUAUUGGUAGUAUUAUUAGAAUGUUUUUACGCUCAAUUUUCGACGUCUUUCUUGCUAUUAUUGGUGUUUAAUUAUAUUUUUAUACAGGCUAUAUAUAUUUUACAUAAUAUAUUAAUAUUUACAAGGA